CUCCAUUCACACACUCGCAUACAACCAACCUUGGCCUCUCUGCCUUUCUCAUGCAUCUCCAUCCCACAAGGUCGCCAAAAGUGAACAGAGUUGAGCAAGGAACAAAUAAAAGAGAAGAGUCCCCCAAGUCACCCAACUUUUCCAAGGUUAGGUAUGUAGGACGCAGGUUUGGGCCACUCACGCACCGCGCAGCAGGGGUGUUCUCAUGCAAAGAGGGAAAUACCGCCGCCAGGGGAAGGGCUUCCCGAUUCCGCACCCGCUGCGACCUGGACUUUGACAAGAAAUCCAACCGGGAUGACCCCCCGAAAGGUUCCCAAAGCAACGUUUUCCCAACGUGGAUGUCUUCGCGCCGGAUUCUGUGUUACGGAGGAGAGGGUCCACCACCGCAAAAGUCGCAACCCGCAACAGCUCUUCACUCUAACAGUAAAAUGAGAGAUCUCUUCCAGAGAUGUGUUUCCCGUAUCUCAUUCACCCCCCGUUCAUCCGUUGAGCAGCUUGAGCCUUGAGCCUUGAGGUAUCCUCACAGAGCCCUCACUUCAAACCCCCUAGUCUUCCUCUCCUCCCCUGCUGGCCAAAAUGUCCAACUGUCGAGUGUCGACGAGUUCCAACUUCCCAGGCGUUGAAUUUUCCUAAGAAAAAGA